UAUUGGAUAGUGAGAAACAUCACGUCGGCGGUCCAAUCCAUGUGGAGACAUUCUACCAUUUUCCUCAAAAGCAUCACGUCGGCGGUCCGCUACCAGCCGAAACCUCCGUUACCAGUCAGGGCGCUUUGGGGCUCCGACGGGAACUAUGGUUGUUUGUGUCGUCGAAUGCUGUCUGAUACUGUUUCUCCCGGCGGAGGACGGUCAGAAGAUGGAAUCGAUGGAUGUAUUGUUUCAUCUGAAGAGGCGAAGAAGCUUAUGAGAUUAGUCAAUGUUGAUGAGCUAAAGAUGAAGCUAGGGAUUGAAGGGAAGGAUAAGGAGGUCAUCAGCUAUACAUCGCUGCUUGAAGCUUGCGAGAAAAUAGGAGUCGCGAAUUCAAAAGAAGAGGCGGCCUCAUUUGCUCGCGUUCUUGACAAUGCAGGCGUCAUUCUUCUGUUCAGAGAUAAAGUUCAUCUUCAUCCUCACAAGGUGUUGAAUUCGAUAAGAAAAGCUGUUGUUCCUUUAGUUCUAACUUUACAAGAAGAAGAUGAUCCGAGAAUGGGUGAGUUUAAGAAGCUUGAAGAAAAGAAGGAAGAAAUUGACAUUCUUGCUCACAAGCAAGUUAGAUCAAUUCUAUGGAUUGGAUUGGGUCUGGGUAUAAUGCAAGUUGGGCUCUUCUUUCGUCUAACCUUUUGGGAAUAUUCGUGGGAUGUUAUGGAACCCAUAGCUUUUUUCAGCACUGCAACCGGCAUAGUAAUAGGCUACGCCUAUUUCUUGUUCACUUCAAGAGACCCAACUUACCGAGACUUUAUGCAAAGGCUCUUUUCGUCCAGACAGAAGAAGCUCAUCCAGAAACACAAUUUCGAUCUUAACAGGUUUACCGAAUUACAAAGGAACUGCAAGCACUCAGAACCAGAACAAAAACAACAAGAAAAACCUAUGCAUUAGAAUUAGAUCUAUUUUGUGUACACCUUUUCAACUUUCAUUGUAACCCCACAUCCAGUCCCUUCAUUUUAUCUUAUAGACAGGGAUUGCAUGUUUUAUCUUACUAUGUAACUCGGUUCAUAUUUUAUCAAACCAACUUUAUAGACUUAAUAUCAUUCAACA